CGCUGAUGAUUGUGCGUUCACACUGUUCGCCUCCUAAUUUUUUCGCCGUCGCUUCGUUUGUUUUCGGAAAUGUCAAUUGUUGUGAAAAUAUCUGCAAAUUGUUAAAAACGCCCUUUCGGAAAGCGCACAAUUUUCGCGGAGACGGCGCGCGAGCAGCACAAUGAAUGAAUAAAAAUCCCUAACUAUUUGUAAAACCCCGCCCCCAACACUGUGCCAAAAGAAAUUAACUACAACUGGAGAUCAGCGAGGGAUUGCAAGUCGGAUAGCAACAACGGGAAAAAGCAGCAGCAAACAACGUGGGCUAGGAUCUUCUGGGAUUAUCGGCUGGAUUCCGGUGUUGUUGUUGUCGUCCGAUUACCUUUUUUCGUUGGAAACGUUUGUGCAGCAGCAGCUCUGAAUGUCUUUAUGCUUUAAUCAUGGUGUAUUUCGCCACCAACAACAACAAAACCGACACUAUACGCUGCUAUAUUAGAAUCUUUCUGAUAACGAACCAUGACAGAAGGACAUGAAAGCGACUUCUUAGUAACAGUACGCGCACAGGUAAUGACCAGAGACGAGAGCACCGAGGGCUGGCUACCGCUGGCCGGGGGUGGCCUGGCCAACGUUUCGAUCCGGAAGCGGGCUAGGCUAUCCCCCUUGGCAUCGGGUCAUGACUACAUCAUCUACGGGCAGAGGAUAUCCGAUCAGAGCGUCAUCCUGAGCUGUGUGAUCAACCGAGAUCUGAAGUAUUACAAAGUAAUGCCCACAUUUCAUCACUGGCGCGCAGGGAAGCAGCGCAACGGACUCACAUUUCAGACGGCCGCCGAUGCGCGCGCCUUCGACAAGGGCGUCCUGCGCGCCUACAACGAGCUGAUCGAUGGACUGGCCAAAUCGAAUCCGACGAUAAUAUGCCCGCCGCUAACCAAAUAUGAUUCGGUUGGCGAAGAUGAUGUAUUCAUGACCCUGGACUUACCUGUGGAGAGCGAGAGUUUACAAAAGAUCCAUUCAAGCCCCGAGGGCAGCGAGAAAAGUCACAAGAGCGUCAGCAACAACUCCGACUCGGAGAAGCUGCCCCCGCCGCCCAUUCACUACAUAUCCACGGACAAAACAUCGGCCACCACAUCGCCGCCGGACGCACCACCCGCAUCUGCAGCUCCAUCUCCGGCGACCGCCGGCCAGAUAGCGGCCAGUGAGAACUACUCGUACGUCACGCUGACGGCGGUGCACCACGACUACAACUAUCCGGUGGUGGACCAGCCAGUGGGGGCGCAGGUGCUCAACGCUCGACGGGAGUCGAUCAGUGCGCUGAAGAAGCGCAAUGCUCUGGAGGCGGCACAGGCAAUGGCGGCAGCACAGACUGUGGCCAGCGGAGGAAUGUUGGCCGGCCGUGAUGGGGGAUCGGGAAAGCCGCUGCACAAGCCCAACGUAUCCGAUAUACUGAAGAAGGAGACGCGCCUGCGAUGCCGCUACUGUCACGAGCUGUACAGCGAGGACUUUAAUCGACGGGGCGCCUGCGAGUAUGCCCCGGAUCCCUUUCGCAGCGGCUACGAGUGCGUGUCCGGGAUGGGCUGUGCCCGUUGCAUGAUCUACCAUUGCAUGAGCGACGCCGAGGGCGAGACGGCCCAGCAUCCGUGCGACUGCAGCGCCGGCGAGGCGGGCUGCAGCAAGCGCUGGCUGGGCCUGGCGAUCCUCUCACUGUUCGUGCCCUGCCUGUGGUGCUAUCCGCCGCUCCGCGCCUGCCACUUGGCCGGCAUCCACUGCGGCCUCUGCGGCGGGCAGCACAAGCCGCAUGUCUGACAUUUGGAGGCCCGCUUGCAAGGACAGUACGAUGAUGACCCCAGGCCCAGAAGCGAAUUCCACCACUACCACCACUCCGAGCAGAGCCUAAUGGGCAGCGCCAAGCGUCCGUGGAGCGCCAAGCAGAGGCAGUCGCAGCCAUCGCAGACCCAAUCGCAGCGCCACUUUUACAACUGGGAGCUGUCGCACAGCUUGGGUGCUCCGCAGCACCAGACGCCGCCGUACCUAAUGCAGUCAACUGGCAGGAAGGCGGCUCAGAACGACUACGGGCGCUUGCUGUUCUAGGCUUUAUCUAUGGUGACAGCUCGAGGACCCAUUUUCGCAAACUAAUCUCUCAGAACUACUGACUGACCGGAACUAAGGAAAUGCUUUUCCGAUGUAUUACAAGAAAAGAAGAGACCAUAUUUCGUAUGAAUGAAAAGCUCAGCUUGCAAAAAUCUUGCAAGUACGAUAAUGCAAAAGUAAACAAUUCAGCUGUAAAAUUAGUUUGCGAAAACGGGUCUUUGAUUCGCUUUCAAUAUCAUUUCGGUAUACUCCAUUUGAAUUGCCAUAAUUUAUUGUAUAUACAAAAAGCAGGAAGGAUUAUAUAUCUAUUUUUAAUAUACUUUAUAAAUUGUAACUUAUGUUUAGUGCUCUCGCUUAAUUAUAGUUUUGUAAAAACGG